AUGUCUCAACCCAGCUUUCAUGCGGAGCCGUCAACCUCGGCGCAAGCCUCCUCACCGGAUAUCUUCCCCGACAACACUGCUGAGUCCGCCCCUACCGACGAUCAGCCCACAAACGCCGUGACGCUCCACGUACAGGCCAUGCAUCAGCCUCAAACCACACAAUUUCAGGGCCCAUCAGAUCAGCUGGUCCGCCGUACAUCUAUGGAUACGAAUGUCCGAUCGUUGUCCGAAGAUCUGAAGACUCUCAAAGACAAAGCCGGCGCGCUCGGAGUGGAAGCGAUGGCUGUGAAGAUGUUGGAGCAGCACAUGUCCGAGUGUUCAGUAUCAACUAUAAAGCGGCAGAGGAUAACCGAGCUGUUGUGCGACCGCGGCAAGACGCUGGAAGGCGAGAACAAGCUGUCAAGAGACGAGAAUCAACAGUUGAAAGGGGAGCUGCGGCAUUGCAGAGAGGGCUUUGCUGUCAAGAGGCGGGAACUGAAGGAAGCGUUGCAUGUCAUGCAACACCUGAAUACUCUUUUUGGGGAAUGGAUUGGUAAAGCUUUGGAAAAAUGGUAG